AUGCCCCCGAUAAGGGCCUGUGAUGUGUGCUUCAAAAGAAAGAUAGAAUGCUGCCGUCCUGGCCCUAGCCUACCCUGUAACUGGUGCAGUCAUCAGAAGUUGGCAUGCGCAGUUACCAGAGAAAAACGAACAUUUUCUGGCGUAGACACGAAUAAGCUGCUGGAUCGGAUUAGGCACCUUGAAAACGCCCUCGCCCAGGCCAAUGCAUUUCAGCAUCCCAAUGUACCUGAAAAACCAAGUGGUCAAUGCUCGAAAGAGCAAACCACUCGAGACUUGCCUCCCGUAGGACAAGCUAGUCCAUCUUCUAAAGAUGGUAUUCAUGCACAUAUUGUUUUCACAACUCGCCUCUUUGGACGAAACUGGUACCAUAGAGGAUUGCCAAUCAUCUCCGAGAGUGGCCUGGAAUGGAUUGCUUCCAGAACUGACCAAGAUACGGCAUCAUUAAAGUCUUACUUGCCCAGAGGUGGUUCUGACCAACCGGAUUGGACCUUUUCAGCUCUUCGGGGAUACGCUCUCAUUGGAGAGCCAUGGGAUUUGCCUGAUAGAGACUUGGUGCGCAAGUCCUUUCGAUCGCUCCCGAGCUCUUCCUUUCACAUAUUAUUUCCCCUUCUCGACCAAGUGCUUCUUGAAGAGACUAUAAGCAUAGCCUACCAAUCCUUCCAAGGUGUAUACGCCUCUCAGACUCAUGCGGCAGCAAGAGCAUGCCUCUGGGCUGCAUUCGCCGCUUUGGCUCAUUUGAGGGUGUCUGAACAUUUCUCUGCGUCUGUCAGUAGUGAGAUAUGCGCAGCGAGGGCACAAUGGUUUCUAGGACUCCUUAACGGCCCCGCAGAUUUGCAUACUCUCCAAACAUUAUUACUAUUGCACAGGUACCGAACAGCUAUUGGCCAGUAUAAUAGUGCUGAGGCGCUGCAUUCAACCGCAUACCGAAUGGUGUGUGAACUCAACGGCCACUUACAACAUCCGAUGGAUCGUAAGGAUGCUGAAAAAUCUCUCUUUGAGCGCCGGAAAGACCACAUGAGGAAGCUGUUCUGGCUGUGCUAUAUAUCCGACAAGGAUCUCGCCCUCCUAUCCGGGCUACCUCCUAUCCUCGCCAACGAGUACUGUGAUAUUGGCGGGAUUGAUGAAGAAUAUUUGAACCAUGAUACUUUUCUACAGCUAUCUAGUAAUACCGAUACCGAAAAUAUCGGCACUAUUGCCUGGAAUAGAGCAAUCCCAUUUCUGCCAGGCGACCCGCACCUCGGAGUCUUGAAAGAGAGGAUAUUUCGGCUACUUUACUCGCCCUCUGCGUUAAAAAUUAUCGAUAGUGAGCUGCUCACUCGCAUUCGCCAGCUGGAUGACGAGCUUGAGAGCUGGCGGUUAUCCGUUACUGCAGCACUCCGCCCUAAGCUAUCAAUUCCUCCAGGUCACGGCGUAGUGUCCACUCGCAAUUUUUUAAGUUAUCUGAGAUCAGUCCAGCUGCAGUUGGAAUAUCACUAUCUUCUUACCAUUAUUCAUACGCCAGUUAGAAGAUUUGGAGCCGCUCAGGGCGCAGAAACUAGUCCGCCCGAAGAACUUCAUAGUGCGAUGCAUUCAAGUAUCGACCUAUCACUGGAAGCCAGCCGCUCUACUCUAUAUCUACUCAAUGAGCCAAUCGCGAUGCUCAAACAAGAAACCUUCUGGCAUACCAUCACUUACCCACUUGUAGCCGCAAUGUCAUUAUUUGUCAAUAUUCUCAUACAUCCUGUUGGUGCUCAAGCAGUAGCUGAUAUGGAAUCGCUUGCUUUGGCGUUAAAGGUAGUCAAUAGGCUACGAACUCAAACCGUCACUGAUUAUGAGACCAAGCACAAUGAACAAGCAGGCAGAUUUGUAACAGAAUUAUUAAAAUUAGCUAACGGUGCUAUUUCGAAGGCAAACGGAGCUUCAGCGCUGGACAAGGCAACUGUCAAAUGA